UAAGAGUGGAGGUCAUUCACUUCAUCUGCCUUGCUUAUUAAAGGCCACGCAGAGGGCCAGUAUUUUGACAAGACUACCUUUUCCCAGAAGCCUAUGGGAAGGUGGAGUCAGGACUGUAAUUGACUAAAGACCUUUGUGUUGAUUUAAACAACCCCCCGCAGCUGGCAAUGGAACCGUGCUUGGUGUGCGGAGCGCUUGAGUUGGUCUGAGCCAAAGCCCGAGCCCGCCGGGUGCUUGGAACUGCUGAGCGGCCAUGGAAGCGGCCGGCGGCGAAGACACCAUCAGCUUUCAAGAUGAAGCUGUGGAUAAAAGCGUCUUUAAGGACUGCAACAAAAUCGGUUUCUACAGACGUCAGAAGCUACUUCCAAGGAAGAAUCCCUAUCGGGCAUUACUGGACUCAGUCACUUCAGGCAAAGAGAGCACCAAAUUCCAGAUCAUCAAUGAAGUGAAUAAGGUUCCUCUCUUGGCUGAAGUCUAUGGAAUAGAGGGAAACAUUAUCAGGUUUAAAAUCAAUGAAAUGGCUCCCUUGAAACCAAGGUAUGAAGUCUUGGAUGUCCUUAUACAGCAGCCAGUCACCAAAAGGCUGACCCCAUGCCCAGGGGGUACAGGUAUGCUGGUGCUCAAAGAUGACUCAGGACAGCUGAAAUUGCACAUCACAGCCAACCCCUUCAAAAUAGAUUUGUCUUCUGAAGAGGAACCUGUGCUGAGCAUCAAUUCCAUGGGCCAUCUGUUCUUUGAACAUUUGCAGAUGCCUCCCAAACACAGACCUUCCACAGAAAGUGAGGAAGAUGUGUCCACUGAUCAUCCCCAGGAAAGUCAAGAUGAUCUGGGCCUUUGGCAAGAGAAAUUUGGCAAAUUUGUGGAUAUCAAAACUAAUGGCCCCAGCUCCAUAGGCCUCGACUUCUCCUUGCAUGGAUUCCAGCAUGUCUACGGGAUACCACAACACGCAGAGACCCAUCAGCUCCAAAACACUGGUGAUACUGAAGCUUACCGACUUUACAACCUGGAUGUCUAUGGAUAUAAGCUACAUGACAAAUUGGGUAUUUAUGGUUCUAUACCCUAUCUCCUAGCACACAAACUGGACAGAACUGUAGGGAUUUUCUGGCUGAAUGCCUCAGAAACGCUGGUGGAAAUCAACACACAACCUACAAUAGAACACACGUUGUCCCCAAAAGGCUCAGUUUUGGCGAAGCAGAAAGCCAGGGCUCGAACUGAUGUGUGUUGGAUGUCAGAGAGUGGAAUCAUUGAUGUUUUUCUGUUAAUGGGACCAACCCCUGCUGCAGUCUUCAAACAGUACUCAAUACUUACAGGCACCCAAGCCCUGCCGCCAUUCUUCUCCUUGGGAUACCAUCAGUGCCGUUGGAACUAUGAUGAUGAGCAAGAUGUCAAGGCUGUGGAUGCCGGUUUUGAUGACCAUGAUAUUCCUUAUGAUGUCAUAUGGUUGGACAUAGAACAUACUGAAGGCAAACGGUACUUCACGUGGGACAAAAAGAAAUUUCCAAAUCCUAAGAGGAUGCAAGAGCUGAUCAAGAGCAAAAAACGCAAGGUGGUGGUCAUUUCUGAUCCCCAUAUUAAGGUUGAUCCCAUGUACUCAUUGUACUCUCAGGCAAAAGAAAAGGGCUACUUUGUGAAAAACAACAAAGGCAGAGACUUUGAGGGUACAUGUUGGCCUGGGGCCUCUUCUUACUUGGAUUUCACCAACCCCAAGGUACGAGAAUGGUAUUCAGGUCUUUUUGCCUUCUCUGAAUAUCAGGGUUCUACUGACAUCCUCUUUGUAUGGAAUGAUAUGAAUGAACCCUCUGUCUUUAGAGGGCCCGAGCAGACCAUGGAGAAGAGUGCUAUUCAUCAUGGCAACUGGGAGCACAGAGACCUCCACAACAUGUAUGGCUUUUACCAGCAAAUGGCUACAGCCGAGGGACUGAUCCAGAGGUCUAAAGGGGAGGAGAGACCCUUUGUUUUGACACGUUCUUUCUUUGCUGGAUCACAGAAGUACGGCGCAGUAUGGACAGGAGACAACGUAUCAGAGUGGGGCUACCUGAAAAUUUCCAUCCCGAUGUUGCUGACUCUCAGUGUUACUGGAAUCUCUUUUUGUGGAGCUGAUGUAGGUGGGUUCGUUGGGGAUCCAGAGCCAGAGUUGCUGGUACGCUGGUACCAGGCCGGAGCCUACCAGCCCUUCUUCCGAGGCCAUUCCACCAUGAACACUAAGCGGCGUGAACCUUGGUUAUUUGGAGAGGAACAUACCAAGCUCAUCAGAGGAGCCAUCAAAGAGCGAUAUGCCCUCCUGCCUUAUUGGUAUUCUUUGUUCUACCAUGCACAUGUAGCUUCCGAACCAGUCAUGAGGCCCCUCUGGGUGGAAUUCCCAAAGGAAUUAGAAACUUUUGGUGUGGAAGAUGAGUACAUGUUAGGAAGUGCUUUGCUAAUACAUCCAGUCACAGAACCAAAGGUCACGAUGGUUGAUGUCUUUCUGCCCGGGUCUGAGGAGGUCUGGUAUGACUUGCAGACAUUUGUUCGUUGGGAAGGAGCACGUACCCUGAAGGUCCCUGUAACGUUGAAUAGAAUACCAGUAUUUCAGCGAGGCGGAAGUGUGAUACCAAUGAAGACUGCUGUGGGGAGAUCCACAGGGUGGAUGACCCAUCUCCCUUAUGAACUCCGUGUUGCUCUGGACACCAAGGGUUCCGCGAGAGGUGACCUCUACCUUGAUGAUGGACAUUCAUUCCAGUACCUCCAUCAAAAGCAGUUUCUUCAUAGGAAGUUUUUAUUCUGUGAUGGUGUGUUGUCCUCCAGCUGUGCAGAUGAAAAUGCUCAUUACCACAGUGAGUGUGUGGUGGAAAAAAUCCUGAUCCUGGGCAUCAAUAAGCAGCCUUCUUCUGUGACUGCCAAUUCUGGUGGGGCAAAUAAGCCCAUGUCUUUUACCUACUGCUCCAAGACAGCUGUGCUUCACCUGGAAAACCUUUCCUUGAAUGUCGGCGCCGAUUGGGAGGUCCGCGUCAAGUGACAAGAGAAGCAGGACCAUCACAGCCUUUGAAGGAAAGUCCAAAGAGAACCGGUCUUGGAGAAUGUCCAGAGUGCUCUGUACCUGAGCUCCUGCCUGGCUUGUGCUGCUCUCAGAUUGACUUGGCUGAAUCAGAGAGACCCUUCACUGGUCAUAGUACAACCGUUUGAUGAAGGGGCACUGUGAUAUUUCAUAUUUUCUUUCCUUUUUGAUUUUUGGGGCAUGUUAAGCUUUGAUUUCAUUAUGUCAGAAGCUGGUGCUUUUCCUUGAAACAAAUAACCUAGAAAUGGCAGGUUGCCUUCAUUGCUUAGUUUUGAGCAUCUCAGAGUCGUGAUUUGGGUUGGCACUGUGCCAAGCACUGUAACACAAUGAGCCACCUCUCUUUCCUGUGCCAGGUGCGGCAGGCUUUAGAAAGAGGGAUGGGUGGGUGUAGCUCUGUAGGAUCUCUUCCUAUCUGUGCCUGUCCUGGGCCACACCCCUGAAGGGUGUCACGGUCUUAGACAAAGCUAGCAGCUGUGGUGCGACAGGAAUUCUGCCAUAUGUAUGUGGUGGGCACUCUGAAGCUAUAUUGCACCCACUCUGGGAUAAAUGAAACAAAACCCUGAAUGGCAGCUGAGAGCUUUUUUUGGUCAAGCAAUUGGCUCAAGGGGAGCAAAGAUAGUUCUUCUCCCCUACAUGCCCAGAAGGGUUCAUCUCAAGCAUCCUCCCAGGCUAAAGAGUACAUAUAUCAUUAUUACUUUUACAGAUUAAUUUUACACAAGUUUUACUUUCUAGCUCAAGGAGCUAUAGUGGAUUGACAUUGCAUACAGGAGUAAGUGAGGCCUUCUGAGUCCUUGAAUGGUCCUCCAAAUACGGCAGACUCAUUCCUGCCCUCGUUUCUUUGCUUCUGCUGGGCCCCAAAUACUAAUUCUUAUUCACAUCUUGCUUACUCUUCAAAGUCCAGUUCAAGUCUCACCUCCUCUAUGAAGCUUUCUUCCAACACCCAGUAAUCCCUUCUCAGAAAUUUAGUGCAACAAAAUCAAUGUACAAUCAGUCAAUAAAAAGGGAAGCUGCUGAUCGUGAAAAGAGUUUUGCAUCAAAUGUCUCUGAUAAUACUAAGGUAUAUAAGGAACUAAUACAGAUAUAUAAUACCCAGAGCUUUCCCAGUAGAUAAGUGGUUAAAGGAGAUGAACAAAUAGUCCUUGAAAGAGCUACAAACUAUUAGCCAGGUAAAAGGGCAUCAGGGUGGUGCAAUGGAUUGACUGCUAGGCCUGAAGUCAGGAAGACUCAUCUUCCUCAGUUCAAAUGUGGCUUCAGACACUUACUAGUUUUGUUACCUUGGGUAAAUCACUUGGUCUUGUUUGCCUCAGUUUCCUCAUCUGUAAAAAUGAGCCGGAGAUGGAAAUGGCAAACCACUCCAGUAUCUUUGCUAAGAAAACCCCAAACGGGGUCAUGAAGAAACAGAAAUGACUAAAUAACAGCCAUGUAAAAAUUGUUCCUAAUAAUAACCUUAAUUUAUGUGGCACUUGAAGAUUUGCAACAUUCUUUACAUAUAUUAUCUCACUGGAUCCUCACAACAACCCUAUGAAGUAGGUGCUGUUAUUAUCUCCAUUUCACAAAUAAGGGAACAGAGCCUUAGGGAGAUCAAGUGACUUGUCUAGAGUAACUCAACUAAUAAGUGUCUGAGACUGGGUUUGAACUCAAGCCUUCCUAACUCUAGGUCUGAUGUUCUGUCCACCGUACUAAUAAUGAGAACUGUCCAUCAAAGCAACCCUGAGAUUGUAUCUCCCAUUUAACAAAUUGGUAAAGAUGGCAAAAGAUGGAAAUAAUCAACACUGGAGGGGCUGUGGAAAGACAGGUACCCUAAUACAAGUUGAUGGAGCUGUGAACUGGUCCAACCAUUCUGGAAAGCAUUUUAGCAUUAUGCUAAGGAAAUGACUAAAAUGCCUAUAUCCUUUGACUCACAGACUCCUGCUAGGCUUAUCACAAUGCAAAGAGGUCAAAGUUAAAGCCUAACCCUAUUUUUUUUUGGUUUUUUUUGUGGGGGUUUUUUGGGUUUUUUUGCAGGCAAUGGGGGGUUAAGUGACUUACCCAGGGUCACACAGCUAGUAAGCGUCAAGUGUCUGAGGCCGAAUUUGAACUCAGGUACUCCUGAAUUCAGGGCUGUUGCUUUAACCACUGCGCCAUCUAGCUGCCCCAUCUAACCCUAUCUUGGCACUGGUGAAGCAGUUUAGUCUUAUACUAUCUUCUACUCUUGCCUCCAUGUCCUUUCAACAAACACUUUGUGCCAAGCCUCAGUCCUGGAUUACACCCAUUAUCCACCUCUAUCGAGUCUAUCCAUGGGUUGUUGAAUGACCAGAGCUGAGGGGGAAGUCAGAAAACUGGGCUGCUUUGGAUCUACUACAAAUUUGUCUUGUCUAAUCUCAACUGGGCCCUUGCUGCAACAAGGCAGUUGUUCUAUUCCUACCUAAUCUGUUUGCUAUCUGACUCUACACAGAGACUAUUCCAAAACUCUUCAUCUCCUCAAGCCUCUCAUGGUAUCCUGUCCCUCCCCUUCUCCCACUCAUCCUCUCAGCUGAGGACCUUACCUCACAUUUUGCUUACAAAAUUUGAGGCCAAUAGCCAGGAGUUCCUCCUUUUUUCCUUCCCCUCAUCUCACAUAACACGGGCAUUUCCCCCCAUUGUCUCCCUCCUCUCUCCUUACUUAGGCCAAUCCCUCCACACUCCCUCUUUUUUUUUUUUUGAAGUUUUUGUUUACUCUGAUUUUAUUUGUUUUUGUUUUGUUUUUUAUUUUGUGGGGCAAUGACGGUUAAGUGACUUGCCCAGGGUCACACAGCUAGUAUGUGGCAAGUGUCUGAGUUCGGUUUUGAACUCAGGUCCUCCUGAAUCCAGGAAUGUGCUUUAUCAACUGCACCAUCUAGCUGCCCCUCUACACUCACCCUUGAACUAAUUCCCUUCUGGCUUCUCUAACAGAAUGCCUUUACUAUGUGCCCACUUAUGACUCCCUAUCUUCUACUCUAUUGUCCACAAGCAUGCCCAUGUCUUCACAUUUUUAAAAAAUCCCUCACUUGGCCUUACCAUCCUCACUAGCUCUUGACCUAUAUCUCUUCUCCCCUUCUUGACUAAACUCUUUAAGAAAGCAGUAUUCUUUUGGUGGAUCCACUCCCUCUCUUCUCAUUCUGUCCUGAACCCUCUGCAGUCUAAUUUCUGAUAUCAUCAGAGAGAAACUCCUCUCUCCAAAGUUACCAGUUAUCUCUUAAAUUCCAAAUAUAAAGGCCUUUUCUUGCACAUCAUCCUUCCUGACCUCUCUCUGGCAUUUGAUAUUGUUGAACAUUUUCUCAUCCUAGAUGUUCUCUCCUCUCUAGAAUUUGGUGCUUUUGCCGAUUCACUUCUCUGAAGUUCUUCAUCCAUGCCACACCCACUAACCAGGCAUUAUCCUGAGCUUUCGCAUCCCUCUCUACUAUCUCACUUGAUGAUCUCAUCAGCUCCUAUGCAUUUAAUUAUCACCUCUAUGCAGAUGAUUCCCAAACUUAUAUAUCCAGCCAUAGUCUCCCUGCUGACCUGCAGUCCCACAUCAUCAGCUGUAUUUUGGACAGCUCUAAGUGGAUGUCUUUAGGCAUCUCAAACUCAGCAUGUUCAGAACAGAAUUCAUGUUUCUCAGAUAUAGUCCAAUACUCCAAUGAGAUCAGAGAUUAAAAGACCUAUAUGUACAAAAAUAUUUCUAGCAUCCCUUUUUGUGGUGACCCAAAACUGGAAAUUAAGAUGUCCAACAACUGAGAAUGGCUGAAUAAGUUCUGGAAUAUGCAUGUGUUGGAGUACUAUUGUGUUAUAAGAAAUGAGGAAAUAGAUGACUUCUGAAAAAUGUGGAAAGAUUUCUAUAAACUGAUUAAGAAGCAGAAGAAGAAAAACCAUUUAUAUUAUGGCGUCAAUAUUUUUAAAUGAACAGUUUGGGUGAAUUUUUUAAACCAACAAAAAAUGAAAUGAGCAGAACCAGGACAAUUUAUGCAGUGACAACAACAGUGUAAAAAUGAGCAGCUCUGAAAGCUUGUGAGAACUAUGAUCAAUGCAGUGAACCUUGACGAUUCCAGAGGGUGAUGAUUGAACAUGCUAUUUAUUACAGAGAGAAUAGUGAUCUAUAGUGCAGAAGGAGACACAUCUAUUUUUGUAUAUAGCCAUUGAGGGAAUUGGCUUUUCUUGACUAUGAAUACUUGUUAUGAGAAAUUUGAGCAUUUUUACCUUUUGUUCAAUGAGUGGGGUAUGGGGUGGGAAAGAAAAUAUUUUUCUGUUAAUCUUUUUUAAAAUAGAGAGGUAGGGGUGCUACAAAUGUGAAAUGUUGCCCUCACUUUCAGAUGAGGUUAUUCAUUGUGUUCUUAGUUUAACUUAACUGUUUUAUUUAGUUACAAAAGAUCUCUCAUCAAGUGGGAGCAAUCUCUAAAUUAUGUGAUAUAAAAACAAAAUAUAUCAAUAAAACUGAAAGUGA